AUGAAGCUUUUCGUGAACCAGGUCUUUACCGGCCUUCUCGUCACCCUGACGGCGACGAGUUAUGCCUUUCCCGCCAUGGGUUGGGAGAAGCUCCAUGAGUUCGAGGCUAGAGCGAAAGCUGCUGGUCUCGGCCCGCUGGAGAGCCGCGCAGCGACGAGCAAGAACGGGGCUGAACCGAUCACCGACGCCUGCCCCUUUGCUGGAGCGAAAUCGGCGCUUGUGCCCGGUCCCAACAAGGGUCCCUAUCCUGUCCCCGACCCAAAAUGCCCCAACAUUCACCAAUUCCAGGCGCCCAAGCCUGGCGACGAGAGGGGCCCCUGCCCAGGGACCAACAUGAUGGCAAACUACGGCUUCAUCAGCCGCGAUGGUCUCACAAAUUACGAAGAGCUGGUCAACGCCCAGCAGAACAUGCUUCAAAUCGGCUGGGAUCUCGCCGUCUUCUUGGCCGCCCUGGAGGUAAGCCUGAGCGGCAACCCUCUCAACGAUGGCAGGAUCUCCAUUGGCGGAGCCCGCCCCGACUGGACCAACACAGGCCUCCUCGACCCGCUGCUGGGUGUGCCCGGGGGUUACGACAAGCACAAUGGCUUUGAGUCCGACACGAGCUUCCUGCGAAAGGAUCAGGACGUGGCCCGCGAAACGGACGGAAACUACGGCUUUGACCAAGCCACCUGGAAGAGGCUUAUUGAGGUGUGCGAGAGCGGCAAGUACCCCAAGGGAAAGGAGUACAACUUUGACUGUGCUGUCGAGGCGCGAAAGGCCCAGUACGACUACUCGCUGGCGACCAAUGACCGCUUCUUCUUCGGUCCAUACCAACUGAUUCUCUACGGCACGCCCCAAUUCUUGUACAAGACGUGGGCCACGGGCGACUUGCAGCCAAACAGGAGCUUGGCCAUGACCGUCUACGGCAUCGAGGAAGACGGCAAGGGUGGUUACCGAGAGGCACCCAGUAAACUACCCGACAACUGGUACACGGCUCCUGAGCCCUUCACCUUCAGCUCAGGGACGACCGACAUCAUCCGCAUGUAUGCAUUUAACCCCGUCAGCUUCGGAGGAAAGGUCGACAAUGGAACGUUUGUGCCCAUCGACAGCCGGAGCCUAAAGAUCACCAACGGAAAGCUCGACGACCCGUCUUCCAACGGCAUCACCUGCCUCAUGCAGCAGCUCCUCCUCCAAGAGAGCCCCGACAUUGUUACCAACAGCCCGCUUCUCCGCGUUCCCCUGUCCUCGCUCAACUGGGCAAAGCAAAAGACCCAAGGCAUGUUCAGCGGUUUGGGCUGCCCCGAGCUCACGCCUCGGGGGCUGUUCCCUGACGAUCAUCCUCUGGUGAGGCGAGAGCAGUCCAUCGCCAGCAAGUAGUACUUGCUUUGCCACACCCUCUGCUUUUGUUCCAACCUCCUCCUGCCUUAACUUCGUCUG